AUGAACUGCGACAAAUCGAUCUCGGAGUUGCUACUCACCCCACCGUGCAGCCCUUGUCAAAAAGAAAAGCCCUCGCUUUCGGCAGCGAAUCUCCACAACUCGACAUUAGUCAGUACCUACGUUGCCAGUCGACGUCUCAAAAGAAAACUCAAAGCCGCACGUCAAGGAAUGGCGAAUGCGUCCCAGAACUCGGGACGUCGGGAUGAGCGUUCGUUGCCGACGCCAAAUCUCUCAGAUCUGCAGCUUGAAGUACUUGCAAAGAGUUUGGCGAACGGGAUUGCCUCCCGACUGGAACGACACAUUGUUGACGGUUUGAUCAACGGACUUUGCGCCCCAAAUACGCAAGCCGCAACGACCUCGAACAGCUCGCUCGAAGGGGGCAUCCAACAGAGCGUGGGCGUUCCUCUAAACACUCACUCUCCGCACAUAGGAAACUCUCCUCUGACAUGUAUGGUGGGAAACUGUGGUUUCCAAUCACAGAAUGAACCGCUAAUGAACACUAUGAACAUUCGGAGAACGCCGAGCUUCGUGACCACGCCUCAGAAUGCAAAUCCCGCACAGUUGUCUCGUUACCAAGAACAACUUCCCGUCGCAUUGAGUCAACACCUAGCGAGUCUCCACAAUCCCGCCGGCAAGCAGCAGGAAGGUCCCGAGGGUUCCAAUCUUUUCAUAUAUCAUCUGCCUCAGGAUCUAACGGAUAUGGAUUUGGUGAGUUUGUUCGCCCCGUUCGGCGAAGUGAUUUCCGCCAAAGUUUUCGUAGACAGACACACCCAGCUCUCAAAGUGCUUCGGAUUCGUGUCCUACUCGAACGGAUUACACGCGCAAGCGGCGAUACGAGCCCUGCACGGCUUUGCCAUAGGCGACAAGCGUUUGAAGGUUCAGUUGAAACGGUCGAAAAUGGCCAACCACGCGGACGCAUCUCGGCACCUAUCGUCUACAUCCACAGUGCGCUCGCUAGUGAGUCAUCCGUACUGAGUGAAAGAGGAAGCAACAGUUCCUCUGGGAGUGUGAAUAAUACUGUUUAUAAAACAUAGUCUAUCGAGGGGUGUACAAAAAUAAUCGAACGACGCCGACGAUGCUCGGGAGAAUUUUGCGAAGAUGAAGCCGGUCGUGAGUGCCGCUGAAAGAGUUCCGUCGUUCCUCGAGC